UGGGACUGCUGGGAUUUUGCUGCAAGUCGCGAAGGCUGGUUUGGUAACUGCUGCCACCGCCCGCUCCGUUUAACCAUCGCCAUGAGGGAGAGAAGGACUCCUCAGCCAGUAGUGGCCCGGUGCAAGUUGGUUCUGGUGGGGGAUGUACAUUGCGGCAAGACGGCCAUGCUUCAGGUGCUGGCCAAAGACUGCUACCCGGAGACCUAUGUGCCCACUGUUUUUGAGAACUACACAGCAUGCCUGGAAACAGAGGAGCAACGGGUGGAGCUUAGUCUAUGGGACACAUCUGGAUCCCCAUAUUAUGACAAUGUGCGCCCCCUAUGCUACAGUGACUCAGAUGCUGUCCUGCUCUGUUUUGAUGUCAGUCGCCCUGAGACCAUGGAUAGUGCAAUGAAGAAGUGGAAGACUGAAAUCUUGGACUAUUGUCACAAUACCCGUGUGCUGCUGAUAGGAUGCAAGACAGACCUGCGUACUGAUCUCAGCACCCUGAUGGAGUUGUCUCACCAAAAGCAAGCCCCAAUUUCUUACGAACAGGGUUGUUCUGUAGCCAAGCAGUUGGGAGCAGAAAAUUACCUGGAAUGCUCCGCCUUCACAUCAGAGAAGAGCGUCCACAGCAUCUUCCGGACAGUGGCGUCCCUCUGUCUCACCAAGCCUGUCCUCCCGGGGGCCCCCAAGAGCCCCGCCCGGAGUUUUCCCAAGAGACUUCUCCGUCUCCCCAGCCGAUCGGAGCUCAUUUCUUCCACUUUCAAGAAGGAGAAAGCAAAAAGUUGUUCUGUCAUGUGAAGGGCUGGCCGCAGAGGGUGGUGACGGAACUGCUGUAGACUCUGGGCCUCCAGGUGGCCCCUCCAGGGUGGGAUUCAGGGAAUGGCUUGGCUCCUCCAAGCCAGAGCUGGAAAGUUCAGAAGGAUCAAUUUCCCUCUCUUCCUCCUAUCCAGGGAGGAGGGGGAAACAGCAAAAUACGGCUGGACAGCUCGAACGAAGAUUGGUGCAAAGCUUGGGGCUUGGCACAGCAACAUCAUGGACGGUAGCAGCUCUGGUGAUUAUUGCGCAUAUUUGAAGGAACUGGAAAAAAAAUCACCACCACCACUAUCCUGCCUUGCCACUGCACAGUUAAUAUCUUCCUUUGGCCUCCUAGGUCAUCACGUCCAUCUGCUGCUUGUCAAUUGCCUGUUGGAUGCGGACUGAGAGCAAGCAUCUCUCCUUUCUCCCUCUGGGCCUACACAUGUACCCUUCUCUGUAUCUAGGAUACAGGUGCCCAGGCAUCCUUCCUCGUAGAGAUAAAGCUGGGGUGGGUGGGAGGAGAGAAUGACCUUCUAUUGAUCUUGUGUAUAUGUGUGGAAAGAAAGGCAAUAUGGGAGGGCGGGGAGGGGGGAGAUCUGUGAAAUGUUCAGUGUUAUUAAAAGAGAACUUAUUUAUUAAUGAAAAUAUAAUACCGA